GGUACUCAGGGUGAGGGAUCGUGCAUAUUUUUCCGAUUUUGAAUACUAGCAUUAUAGAGCAUUAAAAUAUUAUCAUGUCAUCCGAACUUGAUUCAUUGAGACAACGCAUCAUUGAGCUUGAGGCCGAGAAUGCUGAGGUUAAGGCCAAAUAUAUCAAGGUUAUGGAUGAGAAUGCAGAGGUCAAGGCUGAGAAUGCAAAGUUAAGGUGCGCUUUGGAAGAACAUGAAGCUAGGUUCACGAGACUAGAGCAGAGAGAUAAAGAAAAGACCAACCUUAUUGCCAAAAUGGAUGAUGAUAUCAAGGAAAUCAAACAAUUAUCGGCCAAUGCCAGCUCUGUCGAGAACUCUCUACGACUAGCACUGGACUUGUAACUCCCCCAGAACAGGUAGUCGAAGAAUCGAUUCCAAAGGAAUCAUCUGCAGAGUCAGCGAUACCCUGUGAGUCUUUUGGAAACAAGAAGGACACUCCACCCCAAAAAAUUCCCGAAUUCUAUAUCUAGCAAACAUAUUCCAGAUAUCCCAGUCAAUGCUGACCUAACUCCAGGUUCUGUACUUCAUUUAGCUCAUUUAUUCGACAAGGCUGAAAAGACCGGUCGGAAAGAAAAAUUACGAUGGUAUUACUAUAGUAAGGAAUAUGAAAAAAAGAUUGUAACCCUUAGAUCCGAAAAUAAUAUUAGCGAUCAAAUGGCAAGAACGCAGAUUUAUGAUGAAAUGGAGCUGUAUCUUCCCGGUAAAAAGAGAGAGUAUUUGCGUAAGAUGACACAAAAGGCUAA